AUGCCUAAAAACAAACCAAAAAUAUCCUGCGAAGCUCUCAAAGAAAGAAAAAUGAAGCGUACACGCGAAGGAAGCUCACAAACAGACGAGGAUGUCUUCGAGGACGACAGCCAUGGCUGCCCAAAAUGCAAGUCAACGAAUGCUCGUCUCGCUGAAAUUGAUGAGAAGCUUGAAAGAUUACUAAAGUUAACAGACAAAUUUGAAACCUACAAGAGCCGAGUUAAAUCCCUCGAAGAUGAACAGAAAAACAUGCAAGAAAGCCUCGGAAGUUCUCAAACUGAGAUAAAAGAAAUGCAAGGUUUACAAGUUAACAUCGCUGAACAACAGAAGACCACUGAAGCUUCACUUCAACCCGUCCAAUGUGAACUCGCCGAAUUGCAGCGCCGUCAUAUUAAAUUAGGGUGUCACAGCUGCAGAGGUAAUUUUAAAUUCUAUGGAAUAAAAGAACGCGAGCAUGAAUCGAACGAAGACACAGAAGAUUUAUUGAGGAAAUUUUUACGUACCGACUUAAGGAUCCCUAAGGAGGACGAGGAAAGUAUUCAGUUCGAUAGAGUGCACAGGGUCUCAGCUCGUCGAGUAUCUUCUGGCACUCCGAAUUCCAAGCCACGACCGAUUAUUGUCAAGGCUUCCAGCUUCAACGACAAAGAGUUUAUUAAAUCUUUCAUCUAAAACCAUACGAAAGGCCGCAAUCUUGGAAUUUCCGACGACUUUCCUAAGGAGGUAGACGAAAUGAGGGAAAAGCUGUACCCAGUACUAAAAGUUGCCAAGCAAGAAAAGGUAGAAAGGCUAAUUGUAGAUGGAUCCCUUUAGCGCGGCCCAGAGACAAUUGCUUUCCUCACUACGGACAUUUAAUGGACGUAUAAAUUAGCUCAGAACUUUUAUGUUCACAGCCAUAUUUUAGAGGCCAGUAGUGUGCUUUACAAACAAAAUUAGCUCGAUGCGCAGUCAGUCAACGCCGCUCAAAUACAGAGGUAAGUCAUGGAGUUUUUGUGCGUACGUUUUGUGUUUUUGUUUUCGUUCUUGUUUCGUCUUAAUUUUUGCGCAGUCAAUUUUGCUUCCCUUCCCUAAAGGGGAAAGCGAUCCAGGCCAUAUAAGUUUAUACUUUUGUCUAUGGAUUGUGCCACACGGGCAAGGAAAACUACUUCAUUUUAUAAUUGA